CCUUCGGAGCGGGAUUCAAGGUUGUGUCGCUAGCUGGCGUCGUGACAGCGCAAUGACUUGCAAAUCCAACACACAUAAAAGAUGUCAAACGCGUAGUGUACUUGGAAUAACCACACCCACCAAGCCUUAGUAGAUAAUAAAGCACAUAGUUUAGUUCGAAAUACGUAGCAGAGGUCCUGCAGUCUUAGAGUUUCUCUAUACCGUAUUGCCAACAGUUUGAUUUUCGAUUUCUUUCCGUUGCACAGUAAGUGUUGUAAAAUACUACAAUUAAGUUGAACAGUCGUUUAACGAUGUGAUCGGUUGCAGGUAUUUCCGUAUCUCUGAUGCACUGUCGUUCUCAGUAGAGUUUUACAAGUUUCUUUGUCCAAUUAAAUUUGAUGCCAGAGAUAAGGUUUUAUCUGUUAAACGAUUCACAUCGCUCACCUACUGUUCCAAACUGCAGAUUUGCUCAGGCAAAUAAUACCCUUGAAAAAUAAAUAAAAGAAGAAAAUGUUUUCUAAAAUGAAAAACAAAUUGGACUUGGCAAAAGGGAAAAAGUCCAGCGGAAAAUUGCUGUACGUCCAGUACGUUGACCUCAAUAUCGAAACCAAGCACGAAAUAACUGAUCCAUUCCUCAAGGAUUUCAUCUUGGACGUGAAAUUUUCCGAUCCGUAUUUCACGUAUUAUGCCUCAUCAACUAGGGGCUCAAAUCUCGACAUUUUGAAAAACGCGCUUUCUGACAAAAUCAUCAACGUUCACGUCUACUCCUGUCCAAUGGAUGACACUCCAGAAUGGAUACCUCACACUUACGCGGUUUUUCAAACUGAAGACACUCAACAAAAACAAAUGUGGUGGUCCUUUGAAAAGAAUGGAGAAGAUAUUGUUCUUCAACAGUCUCCUUACGAAGAGGACGUCACCAAGUACAUCUACGACAACACAAAAACUCAAAAUAUCUCGCGACUUGAAACAGUGAAAGUAGAAACCAGUGCUCCGGCCCAAGGAACACUUGAAAAUUUACUAAGAUAUUUUUGGAAUGCUGGUCAGAUUUACCUUUCAUACCAUCUGUUUUUGUCCAAUUGUUGGCAGUUUGCGGAGUUUGUUUUUGAAAAAUUGAACACAGAAGGGGGAAAAUGGACACCACCCGUCGGGUACAAAAAGCUGAGAGCAUUUAAUUGUUUAUCAUCGACUGUUAUUGGACGGCCUGGGUUGGAUGACGAGACUGUCAUGAACUAUUCCAUUCAGAACGACGAUAAGAACGCAAUCAACGUAUUGCUUCGACAGGCUUUAGGGGAUGGAGAUAAAGAAAAGUUGCGACAACUUCUGGAAGAACACCCGGAUUCGGUAAAUGCAGCAAAUUCUUUUGGUGAAACUCCACUUCAUCUAGCAGCAAAACUGUCAAAUUGUACGACUGAUACAUUAAAAAUGCUCCUUGACAAAGUAAAUAAUCUAGAAUUUGUCAAUAAAGUCGAUAACUAUGGCUAUACUCCACUGCACUGGGCAUUUUACACGCGUUCACUGGAGAAAAUUAAAAUGUUGAUAAAAAAAGGAGCAAAUAUUGAAAUCCACGUCAACGACGUCAACGGCGAAUCACCACUUCAACUUGCCGUGCAAAGGUGGGGCAACGCUCCAAAAAAAGAAUUCAAAAAGCUGAAGAAAUUGCUCGUAGACAAAGUGAUAACAAAACAAAGUGAUAACAUUCAAGAAUAAACCACAAUUAGAAAAAAAAAUGCCAUAAAUUUCCCUAUAAACAUAGAAAAAGCUUAGUCUGAGGUGUUCUAGUCCUAUUUAAACAAAAUCUCCAAAAAACUAAAUCAAUUCGGAUAGAUAAAGUUGAAGCAACUGGGCAGGACGGAACAGCGGAAUAGAAAGAAACAAAUGCGGUGAAAAGUGAAAACUAACCUGAAAGUGCAAUGACAGCUCGGUCACCAUGUCGAAGAUCCGAACUGGAGAAACAGCGACGAGGAUUUUCUGGAAUGAGUCUCUAUGAUUCUCAAAUCAGAGCGAAUGAGGAUCAUCCGGAUACUGAUGAACGUACGACCAUCAAUCGAACUCGGCUGCAGGCGGGAGGCACGCGACGGAGAUAACUUCCAGCGUGACUGCAUAGGGAAAAGAAACGGAAUAUCAGACAUCAACGAAGAAGCUAAUAAUGCCAAUUUAACUAAAAACACAUUUUACAUUGGAGAACGCUGUCAUGAAGCCCGCCAGCAAGUGCCAGUGUUUUAUGAAUGGUUUAUUGGUUAUAUCAGUUCGUAUCAGUUCUAUGAGACAGCCGUGCCGCAUGCACGAUUACGGCCGAUUACAGUUUCAAAUAGUCAACGUUUAAAUAUCAAGAUCUAUAGCAGCAUUGUUGCCAGCACUGGUGGCGAAGAGAAAGAUAAAAUGAUCUCUCAUCCAGUUACGAUUUUAAUCAAUCUCUAAGGAAAACUUGAAGAGAGAAAAAAUAUUCAACUACGUGCAAGUGUGAAAAGCGCACUUUGUGAGAUGAUGUGAAACAUCUCGAAUGUUUAUAUUGAUUAUUUUUCCUCGAGGAAGAAUUGUUUGAUGUCCAGAUCUAUUUGUAGUUCGGAAGCUGAAGUGCAAUCCCUGGUAAUUCUGUCUAGACCACCAGAUUUAUAUUUGUUGAAAAAAGUUAUUUCUGGAUUGGACAUUAGACAGCAUUUAAGAGAGCAGCAGUCUUGGGGACAACAGUUUGGUAGGAUCGGCUACAUUCUGGGCUGUGUAACACAGUCAGCAAAUGCUAGUCAGUUUGCCAAAUUACUCACGCACUUAUUAACAACAUUACGGCAAGAUCUCUGCUAGUCUACCACUACAAGCAUCACUUCUCAGGCAGGAUCAAAGUCACUAAAAUCAAGGACCUCACAAAAUAAAAAUCGAUAAUGAUCUUAUUCGGUUGUGAAAUGGCCAGACCAUUCAGACGGGCACAACAAAAACCACAUCCACAAUGACGACACGAGUUCAAACUUUCAACAGAACAUUUUUUAAAAAAAUAAAACACUGACAACGCCUUAAUUCAAUUAAAAUAACGACAUCUUAACAGAAUUAUGUGAGUUACAGGCUAUAGGUCGCUCGGGAAAACUGAAUAAAAUGGCACGAACAGGCCAAAUCAAGGACACAUUUUUUUAAAACGCCCACUUUUUCAUUUUCUCAUUUUCUUUCGUUUGGUUUUCUUCUUUCAAAUUUUUCUUAUUUAACCCACCCCACCCCUCUCCUGACGUAAAUCGUUUCUCCUUGAGGUCAUUUGCACUACGCACCUGCCAAAUCGAGAAUUGAUAAAACAAUUAAGUUGAAAGCUGACAGGCAGCCACAAAAUAGUGUUUGGAGGAGAGAGGAUAGCUCAACUCCUCAAAAAUUAAGAUUGUAAUUUCAAACCUCCACUGAAGGUUCAUCCAAGAUUUUUGAUAAAAAAAAAAAAAACGAACAGAAAAACUGACCUGCUGGAUAUCAAAUCCCAAAGCCCAGUCUUCAUCAGGUGAGAGUACUUCCGGAAAAGGCGGGAGAGGUGAUGGUUGACACUGGAUCGCGAAUCAUGUGCGGUGAAGCAUUGUCAAUCGUCGACUCUCUACAGUCGCCACUUGACAUUUACCAAGUCGACCGUUGACGUCACUGCUAGAAAUGAAAAGAAGAAUGAAAAUGAUAUACCGAAGCUAAAUUAUUUAAACGGCACCAGACAAUGCAUAAAAUUUGUUUUUAAAACGUCUUUUUAAGAGAAGCCACGCACAAUUUUAAGUAUAAAGUAUUUUUCAAUAAAAAUAAAACAGCGACGUCUAAGACUACAAGUCUUCAAUACAUGAAAAGACUAGACGUAAGAGAAUAAGGAAUAUUCCAUCAAGGGAUUCAAUUAACCGGCAUUGAUGACGUAAAUCUCCUUGAAGGGAGAAUCGCACAAACAUUUUCUCCUUCCAAGAAACGGGGAUAAUUCUCAGUAAAAGACCUUCGCUCAUGAUACGACUGCCAAUGUUGUUAUCCGACCGUUAACUGACACCCUGGUUCGCAGUCUGCUGAUAGUCUUUACGAUGAGGACUCGCCUCUUGUUCACCCUCAUCUCAUAACACAAGCAGCACACAAGACACCGUUCCAGUUAAAAAUACAUUCAAUUUCUUUUCAAAUUAAAGUUUCUGUGCAUUCGUUGGCUAACGUUGACUCCAAACUCUUACAGGUCCCUACAAAAUGCCAAAGUGUUUGGAUUGCAUUAGUACCGGAUGUGAAAUCGUCAAAGUCCACUUCUUUUGGUCCGUUGAAGUGCCGUUCCUUCAAACGACAGACGGAGGUGGGGAAGCAAUCGAUUCACGUUUAUAUUCAUCAUUUAAAUCUCCUGGAAGUAAAUGGAAACUGCUAUUGUUUGACAACGGACCAGCAAUUCUAUUCGGGGUGUUACAAAUAACCAUGGACGAACAUGUGAACACCGUACACAAAGUUAAGACAGACCGAUUGACGACGUCAAUUGAAAAUGGAAAUGAUUGAAAAAAAAUGGCAUCGCGUCCGGCCGGAUGUGAAAUGCUCAAAUCUGAAUGUCGACAGUUGGUCGAUCGGUCAGGUCGUCUCACUUUCAGCUGUGAGAUUCUUACCGGUACCCUCGUGAGAAAGACACCCGAUUCGUCCAGCAAUCCUCCAGCAGGUAUUGCACUCAACUGCAGCGACGGAUUGGCUACUCAGUUCGAAGAAUUAUUCGACAGUAUGGAGAACAGCGACGUCAUUUUCAAAAUCGGAGGCCGCCCAUUUCCCGCCCACAAACUCAUUUUAGUGACCAGAUGCCAAGUGUUUGCGGCCAUGUUCAAGCACGAGACCAAAGAAAAGUUGAGCAACGAAAUUGAAAUCAAAGAUGUCGAGCCGGACGUGUUCCAGCAGCUGCUGCGCUUCAUCUACACGGGCCGACUGAGUUUAGAGACCAUGGAAACGAUGGCCGUCGCCCUGUUCAUCGCGGCGGAUAAAUAUCUGCUGGAUCAACUCAAGGACAAGUGCGAACUGUUUCUCCUCUACAAAAUGACUCCCGUCAACUGUCUCGAACUUCUCCUUCAGGCCGAUUUCCCCAAUUUGGCGAAAUUAAAGGAAGAAGCGGCCGUCUACUUCCGGCGACACAAAGAACGGGUGAUGGCGACAGACAAAUGGAAACUGGUGGAACAGGAAUGUCCAUCUUUGUUGGGUGACAUUCAAGAAUGCAUAUUGGCAAAAAUUUCUUAAAAUUUCACAUUAGCAAUUGUUAUUCAAUAAAAAAAUAAGAAAUAAUUUGAAAAGCUGGACUUUU